CCUCUUUCCUAAGGUUUCCCCUCACAUAACCAUUACACAAUAUUUAAAAACAGUUUAUUUUGAAUGAGUCUCAACAAAGCAAAGAAGGGAAACUGUGAGUUAGGAACCGACAAAUCUGGUGGAAGCACAAAGAGCCGACCUGCGCCGACCGCACAUCAGCAGCUGAAGGUUGUGUCACUUUCACAGUAACUUCAGAGGACGUCCAGAUGGCUUCCAGCUCCUCGUCUCUGCCGCUCAGCGUCUCCGCUCAGGUCGGCGUGGCCAUCCUGACCCUGGCCUUUAUCCUGGGCUUCCCGGGGAACCUGUUCGUGGUGUGGUCCGUGCUGUGCCGCGUCCAGAGGAGGUCGGUGACCUGCGUGUUGGUGCUGAACCUGGCCUUGGCCGACGCCUGCGUGCUGCUCAGCGCUCCGUUCUUCCUGCGAUACCUGGCCGGGGGCCAAGGCUGGGAGUUCGGCUCGGCGGCGUGUAAGCUGGUGCACUACCUGUCCAGUGUGAACAUGUACGUGUCCAUCUACCUCAUCUGCCUCAUGAGCAUGGACCGCUGGCUGGCCGUCACGCGGCCCUUUCUGUCGCAGAGGAUGCGAACCAAACGCUCGCUGCUGCUCCUCCUGCUGGUGGUUUGGGUGUCGGCCUUCAUCUUCUCACUUCCCAUGCCCUUCUACCGCAGCAAUCUGAAGAAGAUGCUGCCCGGCAACGUCUCUUUGAGUUUUUGCGUGCCGUACCACUGGGACAGCGUGGGUCACCGGGUCUUCCAGUACCUGUUCGAGACCAUCAUGGGCUGCCUGCUGCCCUUCGCCCUCAUCAACACCUGUUACUCCUCCAUCAUCUGCCGCCUGCGAAGCGCCAAAUUCCAGCGCAGAGGACAAGGCAGCCGCCUGAUCCUAAUGAUCAUUGCUGCCUUUUCCGUAUUCUGGCUGCCCUAUCACAUCGUCAACAUGAUUGAGGUUGUGGGCUUGUUACAGGACAGUAAAUCGGUGAUCCGGGCCGCUCUUACCGCCCGACCCAACGUCACAGCCUUUGCCUACUUCAGCAGCGCCGUUAACCCCAUCCUGUACGUGUUCGCAGGCAGCUCCCACAUCCGCCAGGCCGGCCUCAGCUUCAUGGGCAAACUGUUUGAAGCCACCAACUCCGAGAGCAGGAGCACGUCCGUCUUUACGCGCAGUGGGCGCACGAGCAGCAGCGCUCCAGACGAUGGUUCGGUCCUGCACACGAUGUCCGUCAAACUGCCAAAACCUUUCAGAGCCAAACACAAAGAGAGAAGCAGCAGCGGGCAACGCAAAGAAGGUGAAACCGUGGAAGAGCCGGAACUCAAGACUCUGGCAGCUGUCGAACCAUCAGAACAAGCUUGACUCAUAUCUUCCAUUUCUUCAAAGUGACAAACUUUUUUAUUCGGCACACAAAAUAUUCAAAUAGAAAAAAAUGAACAAUUCCACAAACAAACACAGACAAAACUAGUGAGUCCGGAAGGGUGUGGGCUGAAGGUGUGGGAUUUCAGACUUUAAGCUGCAGAAUCUCUGUCUUACAUUGUAUUUCAGAUCCAUAAAUCAAGACAAAAUACCACUUUGAUGAGGAAAAAAGAGAAACCUUGUUUUGCUAAAGUCCACAGUAUGAAUGUUUGACUUCUAGUUUCUCUGCAGUGUAUAUUACCUGUUUUAUUACAUAUGUUUUUGUUAUUUGAAUUACAGCUUUGUAAGAAUAAAAGUAUUUGUUGUUCCAA